CCCACUUGCUUUCAGCCAAUGAGCGCACGGACAGAGCUGGUGAGUGAUGAGAGCAGCAGCGAUGAAGCUCUGAGUCCAAGUCAAUCAGUGGAGACGUGUCGUCAGUGGAGCAGCAGAGCUGAGCCUGUGCAGAGGACAGAGAUGGAGUGGCGUCAGCAGACCAGUGUCAGCUGUGCACACGCGUUCAAGGAGGCCCAGCGCUGGAUCCAGGAGGUGACUGGAAAGUUGUUUGGUUGCAGUGACUUUCGUGCUGCCUUGGAGAAUGGAGUCCUGCUUUGCGAUUUGAUCAACAAGUUGAAACCUGGCAUCAUUAAAAGAGUAAACAGGCUGUCUACUCCCAUCGCUGGCCUGGACAAUGUGAACGUGUUCCUCAAGGCCUGUGGGAAACUGGGACUGAACGAGUCACAGCUGUUUCAUCCAGGAGACCUGCAAGACCUGUCCACUCGCGUCACUCUCAGGCGAGAUGAAAGCAGCAGAAGACUGAAAAAUGUUCUGAUCACCAUCUACUGGUUGGGUCGCAAAGCUCACCUCGACGCAUUCUACAGUGGACCUCAGCUCAACUUCAAGGCCUUUGAAGGACUGUUAGGUUUGGCCUUGUCCAAGUCCUUAGAUGAGGGCAGUAACGUGUUUGUGAAAGACGGCGGGUACAGAGAGUGCUGGUACCCGGAGAGGGAGGAACGUCAGCGUAUGAGACAGAGCUAUAAAAGGGAAAACUCUGUGGACAGUGUUGGUUCUCCGGACUACCGGGGCCUCCGCCCAAAUAGUGAAGGUUGUGGAAGUGAUGCAGAAGCUGAGCAGGUCUUCAGGAUGGAGACCUCACAGCCUCCAGUCCAUCAGACUAAAGGCCAUAUCCCACCACCACUUCUACGGAGAAUACAAAGACAAGAGGGCAAUGGAAGCGGCUGCGACGGUCCACUCCCCAGGAGUAAAUCACUCAGCGACAUCCCGAUGUUCUACCCGGCGCGUAAACUUCCUAAGCAGAACACUAUUCCCGAUGUGGGCCAGGACGCUGACACGGCAGAGGAGUGGCAGCAAGAAAAUGCACAGAGGAGCAGCGUACCCGGAAAGGACAGUGAGGCUCAGUGGCAAGAUGACUUGACGAAGUGGAAGAAUCGUCGCCGGAGCUCCAAGAUUGACUGCCGUAGGAAGUCGCUGGACAGAGAGCAUGUGAUUAAUGCCUGCUCUCUGUCCAUGACCAAUAGGGCUGUGAGCAACUUUAAGAAUGACACAGAACGUGGCGCAAUGCUAAAGAGAGACCAGCCGUCACCACGCAGGAGUAACCCCGCCCCCCGGCUCCACUCCACCUCUCCUCUGUCAAAAUCAUCAAACUCUGAUCUCCGGCCACAUACUCGAGCUCUGCUGACCCGCAGCUACGCCACUGAGGCACCUUUCAUUCCCACUGCCACACUUAUCCUCCACUACCCAGCCCCUACGCAGGGAUCACUGGUAGGAGUCAUGCCUGCCUCCGAUGGGACCAUCUUGGGAGAGGAGAGCCACUUUCCCUCCUCUGCUUCAGAGGGAGCAGGAGCCACCACACCUUCUGCAGACUUCCCUUUCAGCUCUCAGACUCAAGUCAAAGCUCAGGGCAGCCCAGCUCCUCUGCAGUGCACAUCUGAACCGACUCAGCCCCAGAAUGUUCCUAUAAAUAAAAUCUCCACUCUGGUCACAACCUUGCAGCCAAAGGAGGCCACAAAAUCAACCUGCACUGUGUCUACGAUGAAUCACAAGGAGCUUCCACCCAGCAUCGAUCCAACAGUUCCAUCCUUUUGUCCUGCUCCAGUGAAUCAGGCAUCUCCGAAGGAAAUGUCCCAGGAGGAGAGCCUUAAGACAUCUUGGGAACCAGUUGAGCAAACUGCAGGUGUCUACAAGUACUUGUCCAGAACUGCAUCAUGGUCCGGUUCUGCCAGCCUUCCCCGCGGGUACCGGCGGUCCGAGGGCUCAUCCCGUCUCUCUUCUGCGAUCACAGCGAGACCCUUUGGGACCAAGCAAUCGAGGAUGUCUUCGCUGCCGAGACUGUGCAGUGUAGAUGGCAACGGUUCGCAGUUGACUAGUGAGAAAGAAAAAUGUCUUUCUCCACCCUCGAAAUCUUCUCUUAAAAGACAGACUGCAGCCAGUCACCUGAGGAGUCCCUACCAGGCUUCACUCCGACUGAAGAAAACCAGUCAGAUAAAGCAGAGUGGUACAGAUCAGGUGGGGGAGGAGGAGGGGACAGGGGGGUCCAUACUCUCCACUCAGACCUCCAUCAAGACAAAUGGGUUUCACCAUCAGCCCUGCACCCAGCCACUACCGCAACCUAAUUCAGCUCUGCAGGCCCAACACUACAACAGCUCCGCUCUGCCGACAUCUACAAAGGUGGAUCACAGUAACAUGAGAGUGAGCCUUACCCUUAAACCCAACAGUGUACCAGACUUUGGUUUCCAGACUCACUGGGACUCGACAGGAGCGAGAGUAAAGUUCAUUCAGCUCGGCGGUCCAGCAGAGCUCUGCCAGCUGUGUGUGGAUGAUGAGAUCGUGGCUGUUGAUGGAGUGGCGGUGGCACACAUGAACUACAACCAGUGGAAGGAUAAAAUGACAUCUGCUCUGCAAACCGGCAGCUUAACCAUGGAUAUUAGACGCUAUGGCAACAAGGAUUGGAGCUCCAGUGAGGGGAGUCCUCACACCCAGCCAGGCAAGAGCAGGAUGACCCUCAAUCUGACGGCCGCAGCGCCUGUUCUGAUAGGUUGUUCUGAUCACCAUGCCAACAGCACUGCCUCUACAGAAACCGCAGCAUUGAAAUUCAAUGGGCACACAGACAAUGUUAAACAAGGUAAAGUCUUGGAUGGAGGGUUUGCUGAAGGCCACAGGACAGCCAAAAGUAAAGGAGGUUCAGAAUCUGCGAUAUCUGAUCUCCAGGUGCCGUCCCUCAGCCCCUCCUCAUCCAGCUGGUCGUGGGACCGAGAGGAGGAUCGACGACGGCAGGAAAAGUGGCAGGAAGAGCAGGAGCGCCUCCUACAGGAGCAAUACCAGCGGGAUCAGGAGAGGCUGGAGGCAGAGUGGCGGAGGGCACAGCAGGAUGCGAUGGGGGACUUGGGCAGGAAGUCGGAGCUAACCACCAUCCAGAUGAAUGGCAGUGAGAGGCCUGCCAGCACGCAGCUCCAUGUGAGCGCACUGUCAAACAGAGAAGAGCAGAGCCCUGACGGAGACAAGCUGAAAGAAUCGGGACGUAAACCUCAGAGUGAUGCACACGAAGAGCAGACUGACACCAUCGCUGAACAACACUGGGCUGUGGAAUCUUGUGGCUUUGCUCAGCUGUCUCCUGCACACAGGGCAAAGUCCUUGUCUUCUCCGGCAUUAGCUGGCUCCCACAAACAGAUACGAGGUGAUCAGAGGAAAAGAAAAGGACCAUCUCUGUCUAAGGCUGAGCAAGACAGGCAGAUGAUUUUGGAGGAGAUGAAGAAAAGAACUCAGCUCCUGACGGACAACAGCUGGAUACGUCAGCGCAGAAGCAGCUUUUACAAGGAACCAGUCAACGGCAUGGUUCCUCUGAAGAGGUAUGAGUCUCUGGACAACCUGGAUUCUAUGCGUCACUCCCCAGUAUCAGCCGAAACAUUCGGUUACCCUCGCCCACACUCAGCUGCAGGCUACUGCGCUCCGAGCAGGAACUCCUACUCCCGCUACAGCACCGGAGCCAUUUCAUCCAGGAAAUCUGAAUCCAAGGACCCAGCUCAUCACAAUGGUGUAUGGGCUGCCGCCGACAUUUCGGAGGAGCGGAAACUGGAGUCCAGGUUUGAAUCUGAAACUGUGUGA